GGGGGGUGGGGGGUGGGGUUGAAAAAAUUGGUGAAGGGGGGGUGAAGGGGGAGCGGCAUUGAAUAGGCCGGCGUACGGGCUCGUAGGGACACUAGAAUGCUAGCGAUCACUUGUCUCGCCAACAGCUCGCAGACGCAGACGCAGACGCAUCGCUUGUGUCGUCAAGUGUGUGUUGCAUGGCAGACAAGACUGCAGCGGGUGCAGCAUCGGCGGCGGGUUUGGAUGCAGCGGGCGUAGUGGCGGUGGCGGAUGUGACGGUGGUGGCGGGUGGCGAGGAGGCUGCGAUGAGCGCCGACGCUCUGGGCCUCCCCACGGCGUUUGGUGGCUUCAAGUCGCGGAAGAAGAGGCGGAGGAGGCGGCCGCAUGCUCGUGGCGAGCGAAGAGUGAGAGCCAAGGGUGUAGACGGAAAGCCUGUGGUGCCUGGGGUCGGUGAUGACGAGCACGGCUCGGCGAGCGGGGAUGGUGGCCGUGCGGGCGGCGAGGACGACGACGGCGGUGGCGGGGACGGGAACAGGGACGGAGACACCAACGUAGAGGGGGAUGAAGGCGAAAAAGAGGCAAGCGAGUGUAUUCCAGUGUGGGAUGCCGCAUCGCCGCUGCACAAGUACUGGCGGCAGCGGCAUCGGCUCUUCUCACGUUAUGAUGAAGGGGUGCAGAUCGACGACGAGGGCUGGUUCUCGGUGACACCCGAGGCGCUGGCGGCGCACACAGCAGGUCGGAUGGUCGGCACGCUGGCGGCAGAGACUGCGCCGCGGGCGCCAGUCAUCUUGGAUGGCUUCUGCGGGGUAGGUGGGAACAGCAUCCAGUUUGCACUCGCCGGCGCCUGGGUCAUCGCCGUCGACAACUGCGCCGAGCGGCUCGAGGCCGCCCGCCACAACGCCAAUGUCUACGGCGUUGCUGAGUUCAUCACCUUUUGCCUCGGUGACUACUUUGAUGUCGCCGCGCGGCUUGCAGGAUCGCCCCAGCCGGUCGAUGGCGUGUUCCUCUCGCCGCCCUGGGGUGGGCCGGGCUACGUCCGCAGCCCGCACUUUGAUGUCAACACCGAUUUCCCGGCGCCGCUCACAUGCGCGGCCAUCAUGGCUGCCGCUCGCACGCUCUCGCCACACAUUGUGCUCUUUCUCCCCAAGAACUCAAUUCUCGACUCGAUCGCGCGCCACGUCCGCCCUGCCGACGCCACGGGUGCUGGGCCUGGCCUCGAGAUCGAGCGCAAUCUCGCCUUUGGAAAGCUCAAGGCCAUCACUGCCUACUAUGUGGCGGGCGACGGGACCACGUUUCCUGCGACGACGCUGGAUCCGUGCUCGGAAAAGACGUUCACUGUCUUUGCCAAUGUCACACACCUGCCCGAGUACCUCGAGGUCCAGGUCGAACUUAGUAGCCCUGCUGUGGGCACCAACACGGUGACCGUGCAGAUGGUCCGCGCGCUGUCGGCUGGCUCGAGCGACGUCGUGCCGAUUCCGGAGCUCGUGUGCACGGUUGCGGACGGCAAGACACAGUGCAAUGCGCCGCUACGGGUGGCGUGCCAGUACGCGGCGACCAACAACUCGGUCUACUACGUCACCGUCUCGACACAAAGCGACGGUACGCUCCCAGUCACUUUCACCCUCAGCGCUAACGUCGACUCGGUGACCAUCGUGCCGAUGGCCAUCGACAAGGCUACGAGCGCAACGGCCGCCCAGCCGACGCCGACCAUCCUUGCCCAGGAAUAUAUGUUCUUCUCAGUCGACAUCGACGCCAAGGCCAUUGCCGCUGGCUCGCAGCUCAACUUUACCGUCCACCAGGCUGCCGCCAACCAGUUUGCGGCUGCUUAUAUCAACCACGAUGCACUCGCCUGCGCUGAGGGCGUCGCAUGCUCGCUUCCUGUCCACUACUCGGACGGAUGCACCUUUGCCGGCAACGCAAAGUGCACGUUUUACGUCGACACCUGUUCGCUUGUGGCCCACGGCGCCGGCACGUACGUCGUCGCCCUCAAGGUCGCCACCGCAGGUUCCACCUUUACCAUCACGCCUGGUGUCUCGCAGCCGGCUGUCAUGCCGCUUCGGUCAGGCGUGCCAGUCGUUGCCGCACUUCCGGACACCAAAACCAUUGCACUUUACUACCUCGAUGUUCACGCUCCCGUCGACGUCGCCACCCUGACUAUCGAAGUGACCCAGGUCGAGAACGGUGUCGUCAAGGUCGGUCAGGCGUUUGAGGCGCUGCCGUUCGAAUCCUGCGCCACCCACGGUGGGAGCGACACCUCGGUUGUCUGCGCCGCCGCAGACGCCUUUUGUCACGCCACCACCCAGGGCUGCAAGCUCUUUGUCGGUCGUUAUUACUUUGGCGUCCAGGCAACAACUCUCAAUGUCGCCAACCGCGACGUUACCUAUGUCAUCGAGGCCACCGCCGUGAGGCGCGAUGGAACCAUCCGGCUCUCGUCGGGCGCGCCCGCGCUGCCGCAGACUGUCCAAGCCACGGCGUACAAGUUCUACGAGCUUCCUCAGAGCCGCGGCGAAUGGAUGGACGUCCACCUCUACCUCGACUCGACGCCCGACCUGCCGGGCCUCACGCUGUACAUCAAUCCCGGCGCACUCGCCGGUGCCGGUCCGCAGUCGGCUCUCUGCUACGACCACGUCCAGCACUGCUCGGUAAGCGCAGGCAACAAUCCCGGGUGCACCCUUCAGAUCUCGCAGUGCGACCUCGGGUCUUCCCCUUGGUUUGCGUCGGUCGUCGGCAAUGUGGGCAACUUUUAUGGUGACCCCAUCGCGUACACUAUCGAGUACUCAGUCCGCUCCGCCAUCGCCCUCUCGCCUGGCUACGUCAAGCCACAGUCAUUUGCCGUCAAGGCUGGCAUCUACGACCAUUACGUCAUCAACGAGCCGUGGCUCGGCAAGGAAGUUGUCGUCGUCCUCAACGCCACGCUCUCGUCGGUUGACUACUUUAUCAACUACGGCUCGCUCGCCGGUGAGUGUCCGUGCUACCACUCUAUCACUUCAGGCUCGCUCGACGCUCAAGGCGGCACCCGCGACUCGAUCGCCAUCCCGCUCAACAACUGUGGCAACGCGCCCGGGCACGGCAAAAUCUACAUCGCCAUCCGUGGCACAGACCAGGCCUCGCAGUACUCCAAGUACAUUGUGAGCUAUGAGAUCCACGAGGCGUACGUCCCGCGCCGACUUUCAGCCGGCACGACCCACGAUCUGGUGCCUGUCGGCGACUCCGUCCAGUACUGGGAGGCCACCCGCCCGCCUUCAGACGCCUUCCUCCGUGUUGCCAUGAGUGGCGGCAUCGGCGGCGUUGUGGUCCUCGUUGACGACGCCGAGAAUCCCGGGUGUCGUCCCUCGCAGAGCGUCGGCUACUGUCUCCCUGAGCUCGGCCUCGGCUCCGAGUGUCUGGUCGUUGUACCACCGUGCGAGCUUGCGUCGACCUCUUCUGUCGUUCUCGCUACCAGCGGAACCGCAGCUGCAGGCUAUGGUCUGCAGUACUCUUACGUCCACCCGCAGGUUGUCCGCCUCUCGUCGGGGCGGCCCGAGGCUGCACGCCUCGGCUACGGGGUGCCCGCGCGGUACAGCAUCAAUGUGCCCAACAAUGCGUUCUCGUCGGUCGUCAUCGAGCUCUACCUUGAUGCCGGGCAGCAGGGAACGGCAACAAUGUACGUCUCCCACGGCGAGGUGCCCGGCGCCUCUCCGUGCUUUGACGCCCAGCACGAGUGCUCCACCAGCGAGCGCUGCGCUAUCGUGUUGGACCCGUGCCAGGUCGCUCCCGGCGACUACUACAUCGCGCUCCACUCCGAGUUCAACCAGGCCAACAUCGCCGACCUCGGCUACACCAUCAAGGCCACCGUCAGUGACGCAGUGGUCAAGGCCUCCGGCCCGGCCCCGUUCUCGGUCUCGCUCUUCGAGUCGCAGGUUGUUUACGUCACCUACGAGACCUCGGACGUCGCCAGCAAGCACGGCUCGGUCUACUCGGUCGAGGUCGGCAACGUGGCCGAUGGCAGUCUUGCCAUUGACAUGUUCUACGGCGCGCCGCAGGAAGACUGCAAGUGCCUCGUCUAUGCCCAAUCGCAAAGCCUGUCGACGUCGACAGCCUUUGGCUACUUUGACGUCGACUACUGCCAGGUCAACUCGCGCUCAGUGGUGACUUUCAAGCUAGAGGCGACUACCGUCAAGUCAGCGCCGCAAACGCUGCGCCAGCUUGGCGCUACUCUCACCUUUGCUGAUCGUCAGCACACCGUUGUUCCGAUUGAGGUUGGCGUCGCCUCGGACGCGGUCUCGCUCGCCAACCGGCAGUACGUCAUGUACCAGGUCACGUCCGCUAAGCCGGUCCUGGCCGCCGCCACCUCGCCGCCGCCGCCGCCCGCGGUGCCCAAGAUCACCACCGUUACUGUCGACAACGUCUCGCCGUACCAGGCUGGUGUGAUCGAGGUCUGGGCCGGGUUUGACUCGCCUGCCACCGCCUCCUGCUCGCUUCGCAGCCUUUGCUCUGGCGUUUCCAACUGCUCGGUCCAGAUCUCGCCGUGUGAGGAGAACAUUCACGCGGGCAAGCCGCUCUUUGUCUCGGUCCGGGCGACGACGGCGACCACAACGCCGGUGACGGUCACGACCAUGGUGUCCCAGGAUGAAGUGCGCAAGCUCGCGCCGAGUGCGACGCAGACCAUCACUCUCCAGGCUCCGCGGUCAACGGUCGUGGCACUCGACGCGGUCCUCGCCGUCAACUCGGCGUUCCGGGUCGUCGGCCAGAGCGUCGUCAACGGCGACGUGCGGCUGCGGAUGCUGCCUUCGCUCUGCCAAAUCGGCGAUACGAGCCAGUCUUGUGUCAUCCUCGACGGCGGGGAGUCAUGCUCGAUCUCAGCCUCGCCGUGCACUGCAUACAUGUCGCCGGACACCGCAGGCACCUUUUAUGUCAGCGUCGAGGCGCUCAAGGGUUCCCCGAGCGUUACGCUCGAGUUCCAAUCUGCCGUCGUGCAGACUACGAGCCUGUCCCAGGGCGUGAGUCAGUCGGGCACUCUCCUGCCGCAAGCAUGGACCUCGUACUACAUGACCACGACGGGCUUUGGCCUGGCCAAGACUCAGCGGCUCGCCAUCACCGUGACGCCGACCUCGGGCGCGAGCGACCUCAAGGUCUAUCUCCGCAAGGGCGAGCUGGCCUCCAACUACGUCUGCGCCUCGGCCGAGUGCGAGACCAGCAAGGAGACGAGCGGCAAGUGCGAGAUGGCGGUCGGCGCGUGCUGCCUCGAGCCAAACACCAACUACUUUGUCUCGAUUCUCAACGCGCACCAGGUGGGCACAGACGGCACCACCUUUGACAUUGUUGCCACCCAGACAUCGGCGGCGUCGACGCCGCAGGCGCUCCAGCUCACGCCCAACCCGACAACGGCUCAGCUCCAGCCGCAGGUCUACUCCGAGUACUCGUUCUCGCUCGACGGAACGGCAGAGUACGGCUCCUCGGUGACGAUUGUGGUCAACACGACCGAGUUUCGUGGCAGCGCCGUCGACGUCUUUGUGGCCAAGGGCGAGGUGGCCGGCGCCGGGACGGUGGUGCAACCGGCCAACCCGCCAGCGUGCUUCACCUCGUUUGCGCAGUGUGAGGGCAAGGCCGAGUGCGUGGUGCAGCUCUUUGCCGAGUGUCAUGGUGUCGACGGCGUGCCGACGCUGACCCAAGGCACCUACUACGUCGCAGUGCGGCCGAGCACUGGCGGCGCGCCGCCGCCACAGAGACAAACGCCUGCUCGGCCACCGGCCACUCCGACGCGCGUCAACGCCCAGUUUGUGAGCGAGGUUGUGGCGCCAAACGCACCGUACACGACACUCGAGCUCGACGUCGCUCUUCACACCACCGGCGGCUCUGCGCAGGUGUAUGUCAACACCGGGCCGUGGCUCUCGGCCGGACCUGCCAAGCCGUACUCAUCCGGACCUGCGGGCGUGGCGCUUGCCGGCCUCGCCUCUACUUCGGCAUGCUUUAGCGCAUCGCCUGCGGUCGGCACCACUUGCACGGCCGGUACGCCGUGCAAGAUCAGCGUGCCGCUCGCGUUCUGCGGCGGUAUGAUGGUCCGGGUCGGCGUGGUGGGAGGAGCAGGCGCGUCGACCGACGUGACGCUCACGCUUACCGCCAGUGGUAGCUCAAUCAUGCUGGCAUCGGGUGCGACAGUGGCGCUGCCGGCAGCCUCUGGCGACACGUACUACGAGAUUCUGCGCGAAGAGCUCGAGUACGCGGUGGUGGCUGUCGGCGCCAACUCGGAUGUCACAGUCGCAACUUCGGGUGAGCAGGUCUGCUUUGGCCUCGGCCCGCAGUUCCCGAGCCUCUCGUGCACGACGUCGACCAAUGGGACGUGCUCCAAAGUGCUGACGGUGUACGAAACGAGCUACAACUCGGUGUGGUUCAAGGCGACGGUUGCAGGCACGGCGCCGCCGACGCCGCCACCCAGCCUAACUGUGACCACACGUCCGCUGCCUAUCGUGCCGCUAGCGGCGGAUGGAACGAUCCACCAGCUGUACGGAAAGGCCGAGACUGCGGUGGCGUAUGCGUUUGAGGUGCCGGAUGGCUGGGUCGCUCCCGGCCAAUCGCUUGUCCUGAGCGUGGGUGCGCCAAGCUGCGGCAGCAUGAGCGUGUACGUGUCAGCGGAUGAGAUCGGCGGUCAGCUGCAGUCGAUGCAGAGCUGCAGCAGUGGGUGUAACGUGACGCUCGCAAGCGCAUGCGGCGCCCUCAGCAGUUCGGUCUCGGGGCGGACAUACUACGCAACCGUUGUUCUCGAGUCGACCGACUUUCCGCAGUAUGCCGAAGUGGAGACGGUCUUCAGCCUCCAGCUCCGGCGCGAGGGCGACGUCACCAGCUUUGGCGCGCUGUAUCUUGGCGGGGCGAGCCCGGCUGCCGAUAGCUCCGGCCAGAUGCUGAGCUACACGUACGGGCUGACCGGUAAGGUUGUGUCGAACUUUGAGUCGCUUGUGGUCAAGCUGGCGCUGCCGGACGACGCGCGCGGGGUCGGGGCUCUGACUGCAGCAGUGGGCACGCCUGUGCGCGGCUGCGCAACGUCGCCCAAGAGCUGCACAGUCCAGGUUGGCGAGCGCGAGUGCUCGAUCUCGUUUGCGGUGUGCGAGCUGCAGCCGGCGGCGACGGCGCUCGACGCGUUGUACGUGACAAGCUACGAAGUCGACGGAAGCGGUCAGCUGGCAAAUGCGUCCAUUUGGCUCCUUCCGGACUUUGGAUUUGUGCAGGAGAUCCGUCGAGACAGUGAGUUUAGUGGAGUGAUUUACUCGACGUCGAGCGAGGCGUAUGUGGUGCCGCUGGAGAACAACCGGCUUGUGGAUGCGCCCGAGUUCCAGCUCUCGCUGGCUCUGGAGACGUUUGGCAUGCCCGGCGUGCUUGGACUUGCGGCGGCAGCGAAGCCGUCGCCGCAGUGCGUGACGCCUGCAGGCUCGCUGCCGAGCGAGAUCGUGGUCGAGUAUUGCGAGAUUAGCAAGUACGCGUCGGAGUGGCCGGUGGCCGAGCAGGCGUUUGUCUCUGUGGUCGCCAACGCGCCGGGCAGUGCCGAGCUUGUGCCGUAUGCACUGAGCGCGCAAUUUGCGCCCGAAGUGAUACGGGUGGGCGCCGGGCCAACGUGCUACACUAUGGGGGAGAGCGGGACGAUGUACUUUGAGUCGACGCUUGCGCGCGGCGCGGUUCGGCUGUGGGCCAAUGUGACGAGCUCUGCAAGCGACGUCACGCUGCAUGUCAACGUGGGCCGGCUGGCGUCGGCCACGUGCGGCUACGUGUCGUGCAACGUGGCGAGCGGGGCGUGGGAGGGCAACUCGUGUGUGGCCGAGGCCGAGUGCCCCCUGCUCCAGCCUGUGAGUGGAAAGCAUCUGCCUGGUUUCAUGACGGUGAAUGCGAGUCCGGGCACCAAGUUUGUGCUCUCGUCCGGGGUGGUGGCGCUCAAGUCUAUCCAGAAGCGGGUGGUGAUGGCGGAGCCGCUGCAGAUCGAGGGCGCUGGCGAAGCGGACGUGUACUACGAAGUCUCGCUUCCAAACGAGGUGCGGUCGGCGACGACGGCGCUGGUGGUGUGGGCCGUCGGGCUGGACGAUGUGACGUACUCGGCGUAUCCGUUCCCGACCAAUGGCGAGCAGUGCGGGAUUGCCGGCGAAGCAUCGAUGGCGACGAGUUGCGUCGGAUCCGCUGGGCUGGAGCGGGUGUGCUACGCCAUCGAGCCGUGCUCGUGGUCUUCGGGUAAGAUCUGGCUCCACCUCAAGAAGACGGCGCCGCUGACAAGCUGGCCGUACAACGAGACGUUCACGGCGGCGUGGAGCGUCGCCGUAAGCGUGGUCGACUACGUUAACCUCGGUGCGGCGCACGCGCUGGAUCCGACUGGGGCGAGCGUGGAAGUUGUGGGCAUGCCCGGCAAGCUGGCUGCGUUUGAGGUGGAUGUGAGCAAGGUCGAUGCGUUCCGCGAGCACCUGCAUUUUGCAGUGAGUGGGCUCAACGCAGGCAGCCUGUGGAGUGCGGUGUAUGUGACGCCGAUCGACGGUGCGGGCCACGGGUGUGCGCCGGUUGGUGAUGGCGCCGGAGUUGUGACGACGACGGGCGGUAGAAGUCACAACCUAACGGUGCCGGUCUGCCGGUUUGCGGCAACCAAGUACUACGGGCUUGUGCUGCCGCUCACGGGAGCGACGACCGAGUGUGGGACGGUGUCGUACACGAUGGGCGCGCGAGUGGAGACGCAUCUUCCUGUGACUCAGGUGAGCGCCAAGCUCGGGCAGAACGUCGGAGUGAGCCUCAACGGCGGCGGCGCCGGUGUGACAGUGCAGUACGACCGCAGCGCUGGUGGGUGGCUCAACGAGCAGGCGCUGGUGGUGGAUGUGGCGCCCAAGAGCGGCGUUCAGAUCCAUGGCUCUGUCAUCCGGCAAGGCGGGCUGGAGCCGGACUACGAGCUGUGCGAGGUGGCGCUGGAGGGCAGUCAGUACGUGACGGUCAUUCCGUCGUGCCUCAUUCGGGCAUCGAACAAUGCCGAGUCGCAGGUUAUGGUGCGGGUGUUUGGCGAGUCGAGCGUGAUUGCUACGGCGCCUGCGCUGGCCAACGUGACGGUGCGUGCGGCGCGGUACGAGGUAAUGACGUCGGGCCGGACGUACAGCGGCGAGCUGGGAUGGCGUGAGGGCGACGCAAGCUGGCUCGACACCAAGCUGUAUCAGGCCAAGAUCAGCGGCGGAGCGUCCACAGGAGUGGUGGUCGACGUUGGUGAGGGCGGUGGCAAGGUGAUGGUCGAAGUGCGACCCGGCGGGUGCUUCAACGACUACAGCGCGCCCGACAAAGGCUCGGGGUACAUGGAGAACUCGGCGGUGUUCGAGUGCUACGGCGGUAGGUGCGUGUUUUCGUUUGAUCGGCUGUGGACAACACCGACAGCAGCAGGCCAGAGCGAUAUGCUGUACAACAUCCUCGUGCGUGGCGCGCGGACCAAGUACAGCCUGACGGUGGGCAACGGGCGGGGCAACUGCGGCAGGCAUCGGUCGGCGUUCUGCGGCGCGGCCGCCAACUCGUGGCGGUGGCUUGACGAUGCAUCGCAGAACGACGGCGCCGAGCAACUGUUCACCAAGCUCUACUGCGCCUUCCACAAGUGCGGCUCGCAAUGUCCUGUCGAGGUGAGCAAGCGGUGCAACGAUACGCUGCGCGCGUUCGCUUGCGCGACAACGUACCCCGGAUGCGAUAGCCACGGCCUUCUCACGCCGCCGUGCCUCUCGCUCUGCACAGCGGUGGAAAAGGCUUGCGGCGAGAAGUUUGCGGCGGUCAGGCUGGAGCAGUACGACUGCACACAUAACUACUUUACGCAAAAGGGCCCGUGCACUGGGCUGCCGUCGACCGGCGCUGGCUCCAGCGGGCUCUCUGCGGGACUCAUCGUCCUCAUUGUCCUUUCAGUGCUGGUGGUGCUCGGCGCGGCCGGUGCGGCAGUCGUCUGGUUCCUCCGGCGGCGGCAGCGGAGUGAUGGCUACGAGCCCGUGCCGAGCGACGAGGCGAUCAACGCGCCGACACCGACGCCUGUCAACGACCCUGGCCCGCCUCCUGCCGGCGAGGUGGUGCCGGCCGAGGCCUGAGUAAACAUCAG